CUGUGUGACUACCUUAACCUUGGCGCAGUAGAACAAGGUAACUUCCGAGAUUAUCCUUUCAUCAUCAUCAUCAGUUUGUUAGACGUUCUUUAUAAAACACUGGACAGCUCGGCGCAGAAAGACACCAGAUUCGGAUCUCAUCUCAUCAACAACCGUACUAAUAUCCACAUUCACAAUGGAGAAACCUACACCUAAUCCCGAGCAUCAUCAGCAUCACGCUCAUCACUCCUCCGAGCACGAACUAUCCGCUGAUAACCAACAACCUCCAGACUACGAGAACCGCGACUUCGGCUCACCGCUCGCCCAGCCGCCACUUACAAACCCACCUCCUACACACCAGCUCGAGCAGGACCAAAAUGCCCCCCCGCAGCCACAGCCACAACAGCAGCACCUUCAAAGCCUGCCGCUCCAGUCUCUGCAGAGUCAGAGUGCACCAGUCGUUUGCCCCGCCUGCGGUGUGAGGGCCAUGACUAUCACAACGGAAGAAUCUGGUGGUUUCGUUCAUGCUAUCGCCGCGCUGGUGUGCUUCUUUACUUGCUGUGGAUGUAUCCCCUAUUGCAUCUCCUCGCUCAAGGAUGUUCAUCAUCAGUGUGGCAAUUGUAAGAUGCCUAUUGCUGAUUACCACCGAAGUGGUCGCACUGAAGUCCUCGCCUACCAGAAGUGAACGGUGCUGGAAGAAUUGCGUUGAGGUUGAGAAUCGAGGGGAAGUUGUUGACUUUGAAGUUCGACGACGGAAUGAUACCAUGGGUCUCCUUACUGCAUCCUUUGUUGCUGGGACUUUCUUUUCCCUUUUAAUUCAGACAUCGAUA